ACAAACUCACAAACUCACAAACUCACAAACUCACAAACUCACAAACUCACAAACCAACACCAAAUCAGAACAAAACAAAACGUAUCAACUUAUUCACUAACUCGAGAACAGCAGACGUACCUAUCAGUAUCAAGAACCAAGUCAGCAAACAAAAAGAAAAAAACGAGUCGAGUCGAGUCGAGUCAAUCAAGAAACACCAAACACAACACAACACAACAAAAACAAAACACCAUGAAGUUCAUUGCCAGUGCCGUAGCCCUUUUGAGUACCACCAGUGCUGUUUCAGGAACAACUUACCAUGAAGACCCUACUAUGCAUCUAACUGGUUGGCACAGCAGGAAUCAAGUCUCUCCAGAAGAGGAUGAAAAGCCAGUCCGCAUUGGGUCCAUUCAAGCUGAGCCAGUCCACUGGAACUUGACCGCAACCAUUGACAAGUUUUGUGACUUUAUGCACUCGGCUGGAGCAGCAAACAUGGACUUGAUCACCCUGUCAGAGGGAUUCCUUUCAGGGUAUCCCUGGUUCAACUUCUUUGCUGAAACAUAUGACAUGGCCUCCAAUGCCAAGAUAAGUCAGAUCUUUGCUGAGAACAGUCUGCAGAUAGGAAGUGCAGCAAUGGCAAGGGUUCAGGAGUGUAUUGCUGAGGCAGAAGUCAAUGUUGUUCUUCCGAUCAAUGAACGCGAUGAUAAAGGAAGUGAGUCAGCAGUGUUCAACACUGCCUUAUUCAUCAACAAGUCAGGAGAGAUAGUUGGGAGACACCGCAAAACCCUUCCUUCAUUCACUGAACGCUUCUGGUGGACUCAAGGGGAUGGAGCUGGUCUUGUUGUCAUUGACAUGCCUGAUGUUGGCAGAGUGUGCUCACUUCAGUGUUGGGAGAGCUAUUUGGCGUUGGCUCGAUACACUUUGAUGGCCCAGGGUUGUGAAUUCUUAAUGGUUCCUACACAAGACCUCGGAACCAUUUGGGAUAGCCACAUUUCAGACAUUGCACGUGAAGGGCGCUGGUAUGUCAUUGCCCAAGGACAAGUCAUGGCACCUUAUGGCGAGGCAAUGCAAGGCAGUGCCAUCACCCAGACAUACACAGAGCCUGGUGGUUCACAGUGGUACCCUCAUCUGCUUGAAGGAUUCAAGAAGGCAUACAAUUGCACCGACAGUGCAACCGCAAGUGUGAAACCGCAAAAGUUGCUCCGUGGAAACUCUGCAACAGCUGCAAAGAAUGAUGUUGGUACAGUCACUUUGAUCCCAGAACCUGUAUCUGUUGACCAAACCAAGGAAAAGUGUGCAACCUACUUUAUGGAUGGCGGCAUGUCCAUUGCCGAUCCAAAUGGUCGCUUCUUGGUGAACCCUAUUCGCUCCAACUACAUGUAUUCAGACACAGUAAGUGCAGCACAUUCUGGCUGUGUCCACUCACUUGGGCCUGGGAUGCCAGAGGAGAGCCAUUGCGAGUUUGUGGAAGUGGAUGGGUACAACAGCAAUGAAGAGUUCAUUGUGUUGACCAAUGCCUCACGAGGACAAGUGCUAGCUUCCAAGUUGUAUCAAGAUAAUGUUGGCAAUUAUGCCCGCACUGAUAUCUGGAAGGUUGAAUGGGACAAUGCCCCCCGUGAUUACAUCUUUGAAACUGCUACUAAGGAUCUCAACAAGGCGCCUGAGGCAGCAGGCAAUGGUCUCUAGAGUGCAGCCAGCAGAGUUAAUUAGAUUUGUAUAGAAGAGACCAUUUGCUACCUCCAGACUUUUCUUUUGCUUCGCUUAGCUCUGUUCUAUUUCUUUUAGCAUCUUCCAACCCAAGCCGAAUGGUCUUCUGAAUCGAUGUCGGGGUGCCCAGUAUACAAGACUAAACGUCCGUCAGCGGGUUGUUGAGUUUCGACAUGAGCCCUGGGGGUGUCCUGCUCGUCGUACGAUCUGUGGAAAGUAACCCUCCAAGAUCUCAACCGACCUUCAUCCAGAUCAGGGCCAAUGUAAUGAAAUUAUGCCACAUCGGAGUAAUACCCAGGUGCCAUCCAAUGGACAGGGUUCCACAUAUAUACUGGGGCAUUCUUCAAGUAGAUUGUAAAGUUGUCGUCACUGAGUAUGAAACGGAAAACAGAGGAACAGCCAAGAAAAGGAAUACUAGUAGCUUGGUAGGCAGCUACGGUACUCUCCUAAUCCUUCGAGUCCACUGUACCGACUUGCUUGCUCAAUCAGUCUGCUCUUGAGAUGCCGAACCAUCUACGAACAAUGGAUCUGAAUUGUCGGCAGCGGACCGCGGUUUGUAGUCGCACCUACCGUAUUGAAAUGAACAACACGCACCAAAAAAUGAAUGGUUAGGAUAUAAUACUGUUCCAGCACCACAAAGUUUCUUCGGUUAAGUGUUAACAAACGCACCGUUCACUACAGGGAGAGAAGAUGCUAUCCUCGAUUUCUUCUGCAAUUUCCCACAAGACUCUUGCUUCUGGAGAGUGUGCUCCGUACUUUUGCGUGGCAUUGAGAGCGGCUUGCAUGGCUUCUUGGUGCCUUUGGUUGUUGGUACUACUAGCAAAAAGUGGUGGCAACCUGUGUAGAAAAGAUCCUCUCUUGGUGAGGAACCCCGAGACGGCAGUUGCCAGCAGCAAUACCACUGCUGCUACUGCAUAUCGACAUCUCUCCAUCUUCUUCCAUUGCAUGCUUGCCAUCUUCUUUCUUGGCCGCCGUUGUUUGUGUUGUUUGCGUGGGAUCUUUUUGGUCGAUUUAGGAUUCAUUCC